CACCGACUGACCGUGUAACUGCAAAAGCAAAUUAUAUCUGCCGUCUGCAACUACUGCAAGUUUCUAAGGAAUCUCAGCCUCGGAUCAAACUAAACGUCAAACCAGAGAAUACAGAACGACACCACUUCGCUAUAAUUCAAUAAUUCUUUGGUCAAACAAAUUGGACAGAAAAAUAAUAAAAACAUUGGUCGUACUACGUCGUUUACAGCAAAUUAGAAUCGGAAACUCAAGUUAUUAAUAUUAUUUUUGACUAAACGAGUAUAUCCUAAGAAGAAAUCUUGCACAUGCGCUACUUUUUCAUUACGUCAACUAAUUUUUGAUUAGGUUAUGGAUAAAAAAUUACUUUUUUGAGCAAACAAACUCUGAAGAUUGAAGAAUGUAUAAAUAAAUAUUCAAUGAAAAAGUGUAACGUUUUAAAAAAUCACUAUGUAUUCAAUAAAAACUCCGAAAUACCGUAUUGAUGAGUCAGACUUGAAAUGUAAAAAUGGAUGUGAUUAUUAUGGAAAUGUUGCUUGGAAUGGAUAUUGCAGUGUUUGUCAUAGAUUACAACAAAAAGCUUUACAAGAAGAACGUGAGCGAGCUUUGCAACAAACUCGCGAAAGUGAAAAUCUGAGUCAUGUAGAAAGUCAACAUCGUUAUCAAGAUAAAAAUAAGUCAAAAUUAACUGCAUUUAGUAGACUGAGAAAGCUACCAACAAGAGGUCAACAGAUAUUGAGAGAGUUGUAUAAUAGUAGUACUACAGAGCUCCAAAAGAUUGAAUCAGACAAUCAUGAUUUAAUUUCAAUGUUUAAUAAAACUAUAGUAGGUAGAGAUGUUUUUAAAAAGAUCAAUUAUUUUGUCAAUGAAAUUGUAGAAUGUAAAGAUGGUAAAAAAAUCGAGAAAUUAUCUGAUGUUACUCAAAAUUUUUAUCAAAAUUUUUCUAAACGAAUGGAAGAAAGUUCUAUAUACAAAGAUGUGCCUAGUGACAUUAGAGAAAGACUUCUUGACUAUGUUGAAAGGUAUACAAUGACAUUACUGUAUAGAUUUCUGUUUUGUCCUCCAUACACUAAUGACGAAGAAAAAGAUUUAGAUAUUCAAAAAAGGAUAAGACAAUUAAACUGGGUAAGUGGUAAAAAUUUAGAAUGUAAAAUACAAGAAACUAGUGUUGAAGUCAGAGAACUUGUUUAUACAUCCAUGAUGGAUUUGUUGAACAUGGAUGCUGCUAAAGCUCCUCAAGAAAAACUGGCAUGUAUAGUCCAUUGCUGUAGCAAUAUAUUUCUUUUGUUGCAACAAUCUGUUGGUGGUCCAGCAUCUGCAGAUGAGUUUUUACCAGCUUUGAUCUUUAUUGUUCUCAAAGCAAAUCCAGCUAGGUUGAAAAGUAACAUAAACUUCAUAACAAGGUUUUGUAAUGCUAGUCGACUUAUGACAGGUGAAGGUGGAUAUUACUUUACAAAUCUAUGUUGUGCUGUAUCAUUCAUUGAAAGUCUAACUGCAGAAUCUUUAAACAUGACUGAAAGCGAUUUUAACGCAUAUAUGUCUGGUGAAAGAGUACCUGCUAAUACAUGGGAGUCUGCACUUAUGAUCUGUGAAAAUCUGCAUAUGAUCUGUGAAAACAUCACAACUCUCCAAGAAUUAAAAAUAGAAAAUGAAAAUAUUUUAAUGCAAGCCAAUGAAAUGAAGCAAGAUAUAAAACAGUUCAGAGAAAAAAUAGAAGCUAGUGUUAUUGCAGCUAUUGAAAAAUCUUCUCUCAUUAUUAAAAAGAAUCAAAAGGUUCCUACAAAUUUAGAUUGUGAUAACGAAGAGUGUCCUGAAUUGCCUUCUCCAAUUACACCAAAGAUUUAUACUCAGGAACCUGAAAAUCAAAAUCAACCACUUGAUGACUCUUUGACAAAUCAACAGAACUUGAAAAUCGGUUCAAACAAAGAUUAUUCAACCCCUUCUCCAACUUUUGAUUUUCCAUUAUUUGGAAUGGAUAUCGGAAAAGGAGACGAUGAUACAAGUUUAAUUAGUUUAGACCCUCAUAGUGAUAGCACAAGUAAUGACUUUCAGGUACCUGAAAAAAGUACACCUAAUAGUUUAUUAGACGAUAUUCAGUACAGUAAUGAAAAUCUCCCAUCUCCUUUGAAACCCACAACUUCACUUCAAGAAGAUUAUCACGGUUUUGCCAUUCAAGGCUCAACUAUCCCAACAAUUCCGUGCAACACAGGAGACUCGUCCUAUAACUCUUCAGAAUUAUAUUCAGAAAAUUUUUCUAGCAGUUCAUAGAAAAACAGCUAACGAUUUUUCAAAGUUUAAUCAAAUAAAUUCAUUCAAAAUUUUAACUGAAAACUGAAUAUUCACUCAUUAAAGCACUUCAGAAUUCUAACAACUGUUUAACAAUUAUUUUCAGAAUAUUCGUUUGAUAGUAGGCAAAAUCACUUUCAAUAAUUAGAAAUUUUAAAAACGAUGUAUUGUAUUAUUUAUUUGUAGCAUAUAUACAUUAUUAACUGUUUAUUAUAAAAGAUCUGUACAUAACAAAUAUAAUGGACUGUAAAAAGAUUUUUUUUAUAAUUAUAUCUUUAA